AUAUCCACACACGAAACCAACAACAAACCUUGGUUUUGUUAGUACUGUGGUUUGUGUGUGUAUUGCUUCUUCUCUUUUCUCUUCAUGCUCUCUCUCUUUCUUUGCUUUGGUCCAAUUACACAACCAACACCCAACAACAACACUCAACAGUUUCACCUUCAUCUUCACGUGAUUUUCAUUCCCAAAUUCCAAACCCAUCUCGCGAUUUCACCCCCAAAACCCGCCACUCAAUAGAUCCACGUCCAUUCAUUCUUGCUCGUGCUCGUGUUUUGCUAUAUAUUCUGUAUCAGUUUCUCUCUGUGUUUGUGUGCGCUGGAUUUGAAUGCAAGUUCGACAUGGUGGCGACAGUGAAAGUGAAGAGCGAUAAGCUACGACCAUGCAUGACAUGCCCUCUUUGCCGUAAACUCUUCAAGGAUGCUACCACCAUCUCUCUCUGCCUUCAUACCUUUUGCAGGAAAUGCAUUUAUGAGAAGCUCUCAGAUGAGGAGUCUGAUUGCUGUCCAGUGUGCAAUAUUGAUCUAGGAUGUGUUCCAGUGGAAAAACUCAGGGCAGACCACAAUUUGCAAGACAUAAGAACAAAAUUAUUUCCUCUCAAGAGAAGAAAGACCAAGGCCCCAGAAGUUUUGUCUCCAAUACCCUUGCCUGCAAAAAGGAAAGAAAGAUCACUUUCGUCAUUGGCGGUUAUUGCUCCCAAAGUUUCAAUGCAAACUGGCUUCACAGGAAAGCGGACAAAAACCAGUAACAGAAAAGCUGCCUCAUUACGUGGAUGUAGUUUUAUUCUUGAAGACCCCGUAAAGAAGGAAGAAACAAAUAAUGAAGAUAAUAAGGAUUCUUCCAAGGCUGGGCAAUUUAAGAAGCAUAAGCCCAAUGAAGACAUGGAGAACAGUGUGGAACUUGCAGAAGGGAAGGUUGAUCUCUGGACACCAUUGAACUGUCUUGUUGAAGCUGCAAACAGAACGAAGUCCUUCAAGGCCAAUUCACAAGCUACGCCUGUUGCCGAAUUAGAGUGUCCAACUACUUCUCAUGGAGGACUAGAUCAACCUGAAACUACAACCAAAACAGGCCUACCUGCUUUUGCUCAGAAUGAAUUAAACAUUCCUAAAUGCAAAAUUAAGGAUACCGGACAUAAAAAAUUAUUCGGCGUUGACAAGGAUGCGAAAUGUGUGCCUUCAGGACCAGCAAAGCGAAAAAGGUUGCGUCCUGCUGGUCAGAAAAGAGCUGCAGCAUCUGAUAUGUCUGCCUCAGCCCCAGGCAUGCUAAGUGCAACUUGGGGAAAGUGUAACAGAAAAAACAGUCCUAUUUGGUUUUCAUUAGUUGCUUCAGAGGAUCAGAAAGGAGAUGCCUCCUUGCCACAGAUCUCAUCUUGUUACUUAAGAAUAAGAGAUGGUACCGUGCCUGUCUCAUUUAUACAAAAAUACCUUGUGAAGAAACUCAAUCUUGCCAGUGAAACAGAGGUGGAAAUAAUGUGCCAGGGUCAGCCAGUGCUCCCUUCUCUGCAACUGCAUAACGUGGUAGAUCUCUGGUUCCGGACAGCUUCAACCUCAAAGAGAAUGCCAGCAUCUGUGGGGUCCUCAGCCAAGGAUUUUGUAAUGGUUUUAUCUUAUUGUCGAAAGGCCUAGUUCCUUGUUCUGUUUAUACAUUUUGCCUCAACUCUUUACAUAGGGAUUCAACUUUUUUUUCUUCUUCUAAUAGCAUUCUUAUAUUCCUGCUUGAGGAUUUGUAUAUUUAAUUUUUACCAUGUGAAGAAUCUAUGUGCUUUUGUUUUGCUCAUGACCUGAAAACGUGUACCGAGACCAAAUUUGUUGCAUGUACUUUAUCUGCUGUUAUUCUUAGUAUCAUGAAACAUUUUGUAUUUUUUCUGUUGAA